CGGAACUCCAUUCGGACUAUUAUGUAAGAUUAGGCAAUCUGCGAACACACAUCCAUCCAUCCACUUACAUACUCGCCCAACUCCCCCACUUGGCGGCUGAUUCUAUUUGGCAAGUUGCACUUGAGUGAUUUUUCGGGCUUCCAAAAAAAAAAGUCUGAAAACGGAAAACCAACAAACAGACGUGCAAUAUGUAAAGCGGCCCAAAUGACGUAGCCGAGAAAACCCGACAAAAGCUGCCAACCAAAGAUCGCGCAAUAUCAAAAACCAUUAUCGAAAGUGAGACCGAGACAAAACCCCGAAAAUAAAAAAACAAACUGAGCAGUGCGAACCGUUUUGUAGCGUUUUGAGACCAACAUCGGAUCCGGAUCGUCAACUUUUAUGGCCAACGUCACGAGGAUUUGCUAAGUCUCCCCGAAAUGGGCCAAGUUUUUCGGUGUCAGUUGGUCAAAGUGCGUGCCGAGCUGUGAACUGUGAACUAAAAGCCAGUGAUCUGCGGAAAAGCGCGUUGGAAAAGCCUAGUUACGUUGAGCAGGUCAGUGAUAAAACUGCUGUGGAAUUAAGAGGCUAAAGGGAUUAAAAUCGAAGGAUUCUUUACAAAAGAGCUGCCAGUCGAGUGACGAACAUGAAGAUGUGCAGAUUGCCCAAGCAAAGGCUGCUCCCCAGGUCGAUUCUACUGAUGAUGCUGAUGCUGAUGCAGUUGCAGCAUCUUACCAGUGGUUUGGAACAAAGCACGGACUACUCGGUGGUUAGCAAAAAGGCGGGUGUGGCCACCACCACUUCGGCACCACCCACGCUGGUGCCACCACUGCGAAUCUUCAAAGGUCGCAUUCAGACCACAACUCCUUCUUCGAAAAGCACACGUCCCUUGGCCACUGGAUCUGAUGUGCAACCGGAAUUGAUAGGCAUCUCUUCAAAAUCAUAUAUUUCUGGACCCACUACUCAGCCAUCGAAGUUGUCCAAGAGAGCUGGUCUAGCAGGUCCUAAGAAAUUCCCCAAGGAUGUGCGCAAUCGCAGCAGCAAUGCUGUGGAGCGCAACAAACUGCAGCAUGAGGUGCCAGAUCAUGUGCCCGACUCCUCUGGCUAUAUACCCCAUCGUAUUGGCCAUCCUGUGCAUUUGGAUUAUGGUUCUACGGGAGUGGAUUCAAGUGGAGCUCCCACAGGCAGUGGAGGAUAUCAUGCAGCUCCCUAUGAAAACAGCAAGUGGCAGGAGGAGUACUGGGAUCAGGAAUAUGCAGGGCAUCAGCAUCAGCACAACGGAACCAGGGUUCAGCACAUCGAAGCGGAAUGUCAGGAUGACUACAUGAAAAUACGCAUUGGUUUCAAUGGCUCCUUCAGUGGCUUACUGUAUUCAGCUGGUUAUGCCUAUGAUCCGGACUGCAUGUACAUCAAUGGAUCUGGUAGAGAUUACUACGAGUUCUACAUUCAAUUAAAUCGAUGUGGAACCCUGGGCAAAAAUUCUCUGCAAGAAGAAAGUCGCAAGAAUCCCACAAACUUUAUGUGGAACACUGUAACAGUUCAGUAUAAUCCACUAAUCGAAGAAGAGUAUGAUGAGCACUUCAAGGUCACCUGCGAGUAUGGCUAUGAUUUCUGGAAAACCGUGACAUUUCCGUUUCUAGAUGUGGAGGUGGCUACUGGCAAUCCAGUGGUCUUUACGUUGAGUCCACCCGAGUGCUAUAUGGAGAUCCAGAAUGGUUAUGGCAUUGGAGGUCCGCGAGUGACGGGUCCAGUGCGUGUGGGCGAUCCCCUGACCUUGAUCAUCUACAUGAGGAGCAAAUAUGACGGCUUCGACAUAGUGGUCAACGAUUGUUAUGCCCACAAUGGCGCCAACAAGCGGAUACAGCUCAUCGAUCAGCACGGCUGUCCGGUGGAUGACAAGCUCAUCUCACGCUUCAGGGGCUCCUGGUCGGAUUCGGGAGUGUACGAGACCCAGGUGUAUGCGUACAUGAAGACCUUCAGGUUUACUGGGUCCCCGGCGCUCUAUAUCGAGUGCGAUGUGCGGAUGUGCCACGGGCGGUGUCCAAGCCAACCAUGUCACUGGAGAAAUCUAAAGGCAGUGACCAAGCGAGAUACCUCCAACAUGACAGCCACUAACAUCUCCAUUCCUCCACUGUCCUCUGAUGGCGAAGGACUAACCACGGAGAAUCCACCUGCCAAUUCCCUGUCCGAGAAUGUGAAUCUCUUCCAGUCGCUGCGUGUUCUACAAGAGGGUGAAACUGAUGGCGAUGAUGUCUAUGCCCAUCGACAAACGAAACCCUUAUCGCCACACCAAACCUGCCUGAAGACCUCCACAUUUUCGGCGCUAACCGCUGGUUGUUCAGCGGUAUUAUGCAUACUAACAGUAACUCUCUUCAUUGCCUGUUCGAGACUAAAGCGUCGUAAAGAGUCCUCACUGUACGACUCCUACAUAGCACACAAGGGACAAAUCGAUUGAUGAAGCGCAAAUGGGCCAAAUGUUGGCCUUGUUCUGAGCACAUUGUGUAUAUAGCUUAUGGCCCACGAAAUUCUGUUUUAGUUAGAGCUAAGUUUGCUGUAGUAUUUUUUUAGGUUCUGCGUGCUAGUUUUAAGUUUUGAUUUUGCCAACUAUGACCGUGAGUGGAUGGGUGGACAGGACU